AUGAAGUACUUCAACUUCAUCGUUUUCAUGGUCAUAGUGUUAACAUUUGCAAGUUCAGUAAAAGGUCAAGUCAGCGGUCUUGAACAAGACUUCUACAAGACAACAUGUCCUAACGCUGAGCAGAUUGUUCGGAACAUUACAUGGAAUCAUGUUGCAAAUAACCCAGAAUUACCAGCCAAAUUUCUGAGGAUGUUCUUCCAUGAUUGCUUUGUUAGAGGUUGUGAUGCAUCAGUGUUGAUUGACUCAACUGCAAACAACACAGCAGAAAAAGAUGCAUUCCCGAACCAAUCACUUGCCGGAUUCGAUGUCAUAGAUGAAGUGAAGACUGCAUUGGAGAACUCAUGCCCUGGUAUUGUUUCCUGCGCUGAUAUAGUAGCAUUGACAGCUAGAGAUUCAGUCUCUUUCCAAUUCAACCAGUCUUUAUGGGAAGUGGAAACUGGCAGAAGAGAUGGCAAUGUAUCUCUUGCUUCAGAAGCCUCGGCAAACAUCCUUUCUCCUUUCUCUAACUUCACAACACUUUCUCAAGGCUUUGCUAAAAAGAACCUUAGUUCUCACGACCUAGUGGUGUUAUCAGGUGCGCACACUAUUGGAGUUGCCCACUGUUUCUUCUUCAGUAACAGACUCUACGAUCCAUCGCUUAACGCAACCUAUGCGGCAACCUUGAAAACUCUAUGCCAGAACCAGUCUGAUACAACUACUACAGUUGCCAUGGAUCCUGGUGAUAACUUGACAUUUGACAACCAUUACUUUGUGAUUUUGAAGCAAAACCAAGGUUUGUUCCAGUCAGAUGCUGCACUGCUUACAGACGGAAGCGCAAGCAACCUGGUGGAUAAGUUACUUGACUCCGAUAACUUCUUCAAAGCCUUCAAGAAUUCAAUCAAGAGAAUGGGACAGAUAGAAGUUCUCACUGGAACUAACGGAGUUAUCAGGAAGAAAUGCAGUGUUAUUGUAACAGUGGUAUCAGAGCAAUUGCAUCCUGCAAAGCUCAUCACUAAUCUUGUGCAUCGGAGUGACUCAUGGCGUCCGGUAGUAGUAACCCACUACAUAUGUGUUAGACUUCAGUGCCGGUUUUUGACGGAGAAGAAAGAUGAUAAAGCUAAGGUGAAAGAAAACAAGAAGAGAGAUGCUCAUGCUCUGUUUCUCAUCCAACAGGCUUUGCAUCGUCCUUUGUUUUCACAUAUUGCUGCUCUUAAGACCUCCAAAGGCACUUGGGAUACUCUAAAGAGGGAGUUUCAGGGAACCACCAAAGUCAUGGCAGUAAAGCUACAAGCAUUAAGACAGUCUUUUGAGAAUCUACGUAUCAAGGACAAUGAAGAAGUGCAUAACUACAUCUCCAGAGUGACAGACCUAGCGAAUCAAAUACGGUGCUUGGGAGACACUCUGUCAGAAUCCAUGGUGGUGGGUAAAGUGAUGAGAAGCUUAGGACCUAAGUUCAAUCAUGUGGUGGUGGUUGCAAUUGAUGAAUUGAAAGACUUAACCAAACUCACCAUGGCUGAGCUAAGCGGAUCCUUGCGAGCUCAAGAAGCUCGACUUAAAAACCAAGCAGCACCUAAGAGCUGGAAAACGUUGCAAGGAUAUUCAGACAGCGAUUGGGGAGGUUGCACUGAUGAUAGGAAGAGCACAUCCGGGAUGAUCUUUAACCUUGGAACUGGGGGCUGUAUCGUGGGGCUCAAGGAAGCAAGACAUCACAGCUCUAUCGACAACGGAGGCAAAAUAUGUGGUAGUGACAACGGCAGCAUGUCAAGCUGUUUGGCUGCGAAAGGUGCUGGAAGAUUGCGGAAUGAAACAAAAGGAGGCUACGGUAGUAUGUUGCGACAACAAGUCCAUAAUCACAAUUGCCAAAAACCUGGCGCUGCAUGGAAGAAUGAAACAUAUCGAUAUUCGCUUCCAUUUCAUACAUCACAUAUAGUCUUUUCAAAGAUGAAGUACUUGUCCAACUUCAUUGUCUUCUUGGUCAUUGUAGUUACAUUUACAAGUUCAGUAAAAGGCCAAGUUGGUGGUCUUGAGCGAGACUUCUACAAGAAAACAUGUCCCAAGGCUGAGCAGAUUGUUCGGAACAUCACAUGGACUCACGUUGCUAAUAACUCAAAAUUACCAGCCAAGCUUCUGAGGAUGUUCUUCCAUGAUUGCUUCGUUGAAGGUUGUGAUGGGUCAGUGUUGAUUGACUCAACUGCAAACAACACAGCAGAAAAAGAUGCAUUCCCGAACCAAUCGCUUGCCGGAUUUGAUGUCAUAGAUGAAGUGAAGACUGCAUUGGAGAAAGCAUGCCCUGGGAUUGUUUCUUGUGCUGACAUAGUAGCAUUGGCAGCUAGAGAUUCAGUCUCUUUCCAAUUCAACAAGUCUUUAUGGGAAGUGGAAACUGGCAGAAGAGAUGGCAAUGUAUCUCUUGCUUCAGAAGCCUUGGCAAACAUCCCUUCUCCUUUCUCUAACUUCACAACACUUUCUCAACGCUUUGCUAAAAAGAAUCUUAGUGCUCACGACCUAGUGGUGUUAUCAGGUGCGCACACUAUUGGAGUUGCCCACUGUUUGUUCUUCAGUAAUAGACUCUUUAACUUCACCGGGAAAGGCGAUGCCGAUCCAUCGCUUAACGCAACCUAUGCCGCGACCUUGAAAACUCUAUGUCAGAACCAGUCUGAUACAACUACUACAGUUGCCAUGGAUCCUGGUAAUAGCUUGACAUUUGACAACCAUUACUUUGUGAUUUUGAAGCAAAAGCAAGGUUUGUUCCAGUCGGAUGCUGCACUGCUUACAGACGGAAGAGCAAGCAAUUUGGUGGACAAAUUACUUGACUCCAAGCACUUCAUCAAUGACUUCAAGAAAUCAAUCAAGAAAAUGGGACAGAUUGAAGUUCUCACUCGAACCAAUGGAUCUAUCAGGAAGAAAUGCAGUGUUGUGAAUUAA